AUGGCGAGCCUCAGCUCCAGCUUCUUGAGCUCAGGUCCCGGGCCUUGUAACACUACAAGCCAAGUGUUUCAGUCCGUCACCGAGGCCUGCAAGCCGUAUAUCGAUUCACUGCAGACAUGCGCCGUGACGCCGGUCAACCAGCAGACACGGUUCCAAAUCGUCAACCAGACGGCCAAUUGCAUCGGUCUCGUGUGGGAAACGGAUGCAAACUCCGCGCUAUACGACAGUUACAUCGCCAACCUGGGCUCACCACCGCAGCUGACCAGGAACGAGAGCUGCAAGUAUCCCGACUUCAUGCCUAUCUUGCAGCACACCUGCGCCUUUGACUACAGCCAGAUGAGUAUCAGCUGCACGGAUUCGGGCGCCUACGCGUGGAAUAUGAGUCGGUACCUCGACUGCGCUACAGAAACGACGCUGCAAUACUGGCGCUGCACCCAGCAGAAGGCCUACGACGACAUCGCCGCCUGCGUCGAGCAGACGGCGGUCAAGGUCGACUGGAUCCCGCAGUUCCAGCUGUACGAGGGCGCCAAAAGUUGCCCGAAAACGAGCACCUACAUCAUCGCACAGGCACUGUCCAUGGCUAGCUCUCUCCUCUACAUCGUCUUGUCGAAACUGUACGGGCGGCAGAUGUGGGAGAUGAUCAAAGUCCGAUUCCGCUCUUCCAAGUCACCACCCCGUUACCAGCUCGCCCAAGACGAGAUCCGACGUCCCGAGACCCGCUACGUGCUGAAGGCCCACAAGCUCCUCAAGUCCGUGGGCGAAAAGGUCCUCACGGCCUACCUCACCGUGCUCGUGCUCCACCGGUCUCACACCUCGGGCAUCCUCUCCAUGUCCCAGGCAUUCUGGCAGGCCAUCCUCCUGUACUCCGUCCGCCCGCGGAAUGCGCCCUUCACGGGCCUACUGGGCUUCUACCACGGCUUCUCCGAGACUGGUCUCGCCGACGUCUUCGCGGAUGGAAUGCUGUCCUGGGUCGCGGGGACGAGUCUCCUCGUCCGCUACUGGUACAUCUUCACCGACCCGCCCUCCAACCCUGCCGCGCCGCUUGCGGCUCUCGCGAUCCUGGGUCACGGCGCCUUACUGUCCUCCGCGCCUGCAUUCAUCUUCCUCGCGCUGAUCCUUCUCCUCUCAUGGAUCGUGACGGCCGACCUUGUGGGCGGGUUUUUCAUCUUCCUCGCCAUUCUCGGCAUCAUCACGGCCUUCCUGUGCUUCCUCCCGAUCCUCGGCGUCAUCGAGAUGAUCGCCAUGACCGUGAACAAGAUACGCGCUCGAGAACAACACCAACGCUUGGACGGAGAAAAGGAUGCGCCGCGGUGGGGGGAAGGCCUGGUCAUCGACUGGCCGGCAUUCCGCAAGGCUUACGCCCUGAUGGUGGCGAGCAGCAUCGUGAUCAACGUCGGCAACUGGAUGUUUUUCGUCAUGUUCCUGAAACUCCAGGGUGACCUGUUCUGCCCCUCCGACGCUAGCAAGGUCACGCUGAUCUGGAUUCUCGUACCACUUUUGAUCAAUCUCAUCUUCUCGGUGUUUGAGGAUUCGACAGACGUAAGUGCUCACUAA